AUGGUCAGCGGGGGGAGGGGGCGCGGGGGAGCCGGGGUCGCCGGCGAGCAGGAGGCGGCGCGGUUCGGCGGGAGGCGAGUCGAGGAUGGGAGCAGGCGGCGCGGGGUUGGGGAUUGGGGGACGCGGAAACCCUACCGGGGGCCAGAUAAUGCGACGGGCUGGGCCGGCGGCCGACAGGGGGAGUGGCUGCGCCAUGGGGGGCGGGACCGGCCCGGUGGACCGGCCCACAACACACCCGACGGCCCGCACCCCACUGGACGAGCCCACGGCCGCCGCCCCAGGGGGCCAGCAGCAGGGCCCAUGGGCCGGCCCAGGAGCACCGCGGCCCGGUACGAACGCCCCGGGGAGGCCAUGCGGGGAGCUAGGGCUUCCCCGAGCGCCGCCGCAGGGGCCACCGGCGGGGGAGGACGGGGGCGGCGAGGCCAUGACGGGGCGCGUUGGGGACCCGGAGGCGGGGGCACGGAGUUGCCGAAUGCCGAGAUGAAGGGCCGGAAGGGGGGUUGUCGGGAGAUGACUGCGGAGAGCUCAGGCGGGAUCGUCGGCGACGAGCGGGCCGGAGCAGAGGAGGGCGGGGCCGGGGCCGAGGCCUUCCAGGAGGAACGGGCGAGGCCGCGGUCGGCGCGGCCGGCGACACCCCAGCCGGCGGCACGGCGUCUCCGGGGGGAGUGA